UUUACAUAUAAAUAAAAAUAAAAUAAUAAAACAGCGAGAACGAAAACUGGAAAAAGAGGAAACCUUUGUGGCUUUGUCUUAUUAUUGUCUCUACCGAAUAAAAACAGAGAACUUCUGUUCACCGACUAAACCAGUCGCCGGUGAAAAUCCGAUGCAAUCCACUCACAGCGGCGGCGGCGAAGGAGGAGGAGGUGGAGAUGUGAGUCGUGGUGGGUUAUCUCGGAUCCGUUCAGCUCCGGCCACUUGGAUUGAAACCCUACUCGAGGACGAUGAAGAAGAUGAUUUGAAACCCAACCUCUGUUUAACUGAGCUUCUUACCGGAAACUCGGCAGGGUUAACAAGUCCCGACACGUUUGAGUUCCCUAGUUCCGUUGAGCAGGGACUGUACAAUCACCAAAGUGGGUUUUACCGUCAGAACAGCUCUCCGACGGAUUUUCUCAGUGGCUCUGGAGCUGCGACUGAUGGGUUUUUAUCAAAUUUUGGGAUUCCGGCUAAUUACGAUUACUUGCCGCCGAACGUUAACAUUUCUCCGGGAAGUAAACGGUCGAGAGAAAUUGAAGCUCAGUUCUCUUCCCAGAUGAAAGAAGAGCAAAUGAGUAGUGGUGUAUCAGGAAUGAUGGAUAUGAACAUGGAUAAGCUUCUUGACGACUCGGUUCCUUUUAGGGUUCGUGCUAAACGCGGUUGUGCAACUCAUCCUCGUAGCAUCGCUGAACGGAUGAGGAGAACACGAAUAAGUGACCGGAUCAGGAGGCUGCAAGAACUUGUUCCUAACAUGGAUAAACAAACCAACACUGCGGACAUGUUAGAAGAGGCUGUGGAGUAUGUGAAAGCUCUUCAGUGCCAGAUCCAGGAGUUGACAGAGCAGCAGAAGAGGUGCGGAUGCAAACCUAAAGAAGAACAAUAAGGUUUCCUUUAGAAUUGAUAUAUAUAUAAUAUAUGUAAUUUUUAUGUUUAAUCUUUAAAUGGAUGGUCUGUUCGAAAAGUCGAAACAUGAUCCUUUUAUUGGAUUAUAAAAAUGUUAUGACCAUAUCGCAGAUAGUUCAUAACCAAUAGAUUAUGAUUUGUAAUC